AAAUCUCGCGGAAUCUGCAUGCGAAGGGGUAUCGUCUCGCGUUUCCUCCCCCGACCUGCUGCCUCGAGCGAGCGACCACAGACGAGGCGGGAGUCCUCGCCGGCGGCCCGAGCAGGGUAUUGUUCCCUGAUGGCAUCCUCGGGGAAGAUGGAGGGGCCAUCGGCGCCAGCGCUCCGACGGGACCCGUACGAGGUGCUCUCCGUAUCAAGAGACUCCUCCGACCAGGAGAUAAAGUCCGCCUACCGCAAGCUCGCUCUCAAGUAUCACCCGGACAAAAAUGCUAGCAACCCAGAAGCGUCAGAGCUCUUCAAAGAAGUUGCAUAUUCAUACAGUAUCUUGUCAGACCCUGAGAAACGGAGGCAAUAUGAUACUGCUGGUUUUGAGGCGUUGGAAAAUGAAGGAAUGGAUAUGGAGAUUGAUUUGUCCAAUCUUGGAACUGUGAACACAAUGUUUGCUGCACUUUUCAGCAAGCUUGGGGUUCCUAUCAAGACGACGGUAUCUCCUACUGUUCUUGAAGAAGCUAUGAAUGGAACAGUGACAGUGAGGCCACUCCCAGUUGGGACAUCAGCUAUGGGAAAGGUUGAAAAGCAAUCUGCUCAUUUCUUUGGUGUGACAAUAAGUGAAGAACAAACUCAUUCAGGAAUAGUAGUUAGAGUCACUUCAGUUGCACAAAGUAAAUUUAAGCUUCUUUUCUUCGAACAAGAAGUCAACGGAGGCUAUGGACUAGCUCUACAGGAAGAUAGUCAGAAGACUGGCAAGGUGACCUCUGCAGGCAUGUAUUUCCUGCAUUUUCAAGUCUACCGUAUGGACUCGACAGUGAAUGCGUUGGCAAUGGCUAAAGACCCUGAGGCUGCAUUCUUUAAAAGAUUGGAAGGUCUCCAACCUUGCGAAGUCUCGACACUUAAACCUGGAACUCAUAUAUUUGCCGUAUAUGGUGACAAUUUUUUCAAGCCAGCCAGCUAUACAAUUGAAGCAAUGUGCGCAAAGAGUUACGAAGACACAACAGAAAGGCUAAAAGAAAUAGAGGCUAAAAUUCUGGAGAAAAGAAAUGAUCUGCGUCAAUUCGAAACUGAGUACAGAAAAGCUUUGGCACGGUUUCAGGAAGCGACCACCAGAUAUACACAAGAAAAAGAAGCGGUUGAUGAUAUGUUGAGAGAAAGGGAUGACAUCCAUUCUUCAUUCACGACCGAACGAACUAUCACGAGCUCACUUGGAGCUGGUAGCAGCAGCAGUAGAUAUCCAGUUGAGCAGAACAAAACUGAGAGUCCCGAGAACGGUAACAUAGAUGGCAGGGAAAAAUCGACUAAAAAGAAGUGGUUUAAUCUAAAUCUUAAUAGAUCUGACAGGAGAGCCUGAGCAGUUUAUUUUCAUCAAUGUCAGCAUCGGCACAUCCACCGUUGUACAUUACGGAAGCUCAAUUGUAUUUGUGUACACUUGGCGUUGUUUUUCAUUUCUAGCAUAGCAGUUUUGAGUACAAUCGUGUACUAUUCAUUAACAAUUCUUCUUCCUCCACUUGAGGUACGA